CUGUUUGGAUUCUGGCUUUUUGAAGGUAAAUUUGAAUUUUGAGCCAAAAAUCUUGAAAAUUCUGAAAAUCCCAUAAAUUUUAAGCCAAAAAUUGGAAAAUCCCAUAAAUUUUAAGCCCAUGACUCAUAUUAAUCCAAAUCCCCGCGGAUUUUCUGAAAAUUUCAGAUUUUUCUGAAAUUUUCUGCAAAAAGUGCAUUUUCUACUCUGAUUUUUGACAUUUGCUGUUAAUUUUUCCGGAAAUUUUGACAUUUUUCAAAAAAAAUUAUGAUAGGAUUAAAAAUCUGAGAAAAAUGUUGCCAUUUUUAUUUUUCGCGAGAAAAAAUCAAAUUUUUUCAUCCGAUUUGAUAAAAGCCGGAUUUUUGAGAUUAUUUUUCGUAUUUUCGGCUGAAAAUAUUGAUUUUCAGUCAUUUUCAGCCAAAAAAUUCAUAUUUUCAAUCUGAAAUUAAUUUCAGAUAGUACAACAACAACAACAACAAAAUGUCGAUUGUUUCAACAAGUACAACAACCAAUGUUCAAUCAGUUAUUGAUCCGACGAAAAAAGUGAGUUUUUUGCCACGUCAUAGCUUGAAAAUUUGGAUUUUUGAUGAAAAAUGGAAGAUUUUGAUAUGAAAUUUGAGAAAAUUGGGAAAAUUUGACCUUUGCCACGUCAUAGCUGUAAAUUUGGCUGAAAAUGAGCAACUUCGUUCAAAUUUUGAGCUAAAAUGAGCAAUGUUCAAUUUUGCCACGUCAUAGCUCAAUUUUUGACUGAAAACCUGAAAAUUUAACUGAAAAUGAGCAAUUUCGUUCAAAUUUUGAUUUGCCACGUCAUAGCUCACAAUACAGUACCACUAUGUACAUAUUUUUCCUAUCUAUCUACCUUUUUUUGUUGGCUCCGCCCAUUUUUAGUACAACAUUUUUUAUUUUGAUGAUAAGAUCCUCAUACUAUUUUUAAAUUGUUUUGUUUUUUUUCUGAUGUCAUCAUCAUCAUUUUUUUUUCGGCUGAAAAUUUCAGAUUUUCAGCCAGAAAAUCUGAAAAUUGCCACGUCAUAGCGUAUUUUUGACUGAAAACCCGAGAAAAAUCGGAUAUUUCUGCCCAAAAUUCUUGAUUUUUGAUAAAUCAAACUGUGACGUCAUCACUGGUGAAAUGAUAAAAAGAUGAUGAUUUUUGUGAAGGUCAAAAUACUGUGUGUGAUUUUUUUCUUGACGCCGCAAAAAUCGCGUGGCUUUGGUUUUUUUUUGUGAAAUUUUGUACCCGCGGUGGUGGAAAAUCCGAUUUUCCUCGGUUUUUGCCACGUGGCAUUGGUUUUUCGGCCGAAAAUUUGAAUUUUUGACGUUUUUUCGAUCUGGAAAUGUGAUUUUUCACGAUUCCACGUGGAUUUUGUUGAUCUCCCCCCACACAUCAUUAAAAACUGUGAUCUUUUUUUGUUCUCGGUCGAUUUUCAUGUGUCAUUUUUUUUUCAAUUUCUACCUACCUACACACACAUUUUUUUGGUCGUAUUACGUCAGGUUUUUCGUACACUGUGUACUGUGUGUGUUUUUUUUUAAUACAAAAAUCGUCUUUUGUUUGUACUUUUCUCUCAUUUUUCGUCAUCUUUGAAAAACAAUCGGGUUUUCAAGGUUGGAAAUUAUGUAUUUUUGAGUCAUGGACGAGGUUUUUGAGGUUUUCUAGGCCAUAUAGGUAAUUUUGGACGAUUUUCUAGGCCGCGGACGAGGUUUUUCGGUUAGAUUUGGUUUUCUAGGCCAUUUUUCAUCAUUUAGACCCUGGUACUGUGUUUAUAAGCAAUUUUUUGGCUUUUUGAGGACUAAUUUGGUUUUCUAGGCCGUGGACGAGAUUUUUCUUGCUAAAUUUGGUUUUCUAGGCCAUUCCUAAGAUUUUUGGUGGUUUCUAGACCAUUUUCCGAGAUUUUUCUGGUUUUCUAGGCCGCGGACGAGAUUUUCCAAUAGGAUUUGGGUUUCUAGGUCAUCUCUAACCUUUAAAGCUUUCAAAUUGGGUUUUCUAGACCAUUCCUAAGAUUUUUGGUGGUUUCUAGACCAUUUUCCGAGAUUUUUCAGGUUUUCUAGGUCGUGGACGAGGUUUUCCAAUAGGAUUUGGGUUUCUAGGCCGUCUCUAACCUUUAAGGCUUUCAAAUUGGGUUUUCUAGGCCACAUAGGUGAUUUUGGACUAUUUUCUAGGCUGCGGACGAGGUUUUUUGGUUUUCUAGGUCAUCUCUAACCUUUAAGGCUUUCAAAUUGGGUUUUCUAGGCCAUAUAGGUAAUUUUGGACGAUUUUCUAGGCUGUGGACUGUUUUUGACAAGUUUCUGUGGUUUUCUAGGUCGUGGACGAGGUUUUCUAAUAGGAUUUGGGUUUCUAGGCCAUCUCUAACCUUUAAGGCUUUCAAAUUGGGUUUUCUAGGCCACAUAGGUGAUUUUGGACUAUUUUCUAGGCUUUGGACUGUUUUUGACGAGUUUCUGUGGUUUUCUAGGUCGUGGACGAGUUUUUCCCAUUGUUUUUGGUUUUUUGGGUCAUUUUCCACUACGAUACUCCGCAAUUCCGCAUUUUUGAACCCAUUGAACCCGAUCUUUUUUGUUAUCGAUUUGUUUUAUUGUCGUCGUCGCAUUUUAAUAGUAUUUGUGUUGCCUGAUUUUGAAGAGAGAAUUACGUGCCUUUUCUCCUUAUCACAUCAUUUUCGCAAAUGAUCUUGAAAGGCAACGAACGAAAAAAUUGGGAGGCGAGAUAGUGAGAGAGCGCAGAGAAAUUGGGUGGCUUGCGUCAUGUGAUUCUGAGUUUCUCUAGCUACUCUCCGUCUCUUACCAGGUUGUCUGGUAUCUCUAGCUUCUCUGGGUCUCUAGCUACGUUUUUGAAAAGUUUCUCUAGCUUCUAUGCGUCUCUAACCAUAGAAUUUCUGGUUGUCUAGUCUAUCGCAGUUCCUAACCUGGUUAUAUAGCUUCUCUAACCCUAACUUCUAUAGUUGUCUACGUCUCUGACCAGUUCUCUAGAUUCUCUGCAUCUCUAACCUGAUGUUCUCUAGUUGUCUCGUUUCUCUACGUCUCUAACCAUGUUGUCUAGCUUCUCUAACUCUCCCCCUAUCUCAUAUUACUGUAAAAAUAGCAUUUCUUUCAUCACAUUCAUUUUUUUUUCGCCAAUUAUUUUUUCCUCCAUUCCAAAAAUUGUGUCUCUCGUCCUUUCACAUUUUUUUCUCUUAUCAGACAAUUUUUGUUCGACGCAAUUCUUUUUUCUUUUCUUCACCGCAUGUCAUUUCAGGAAAUGAUACCACCACCCCAAAACUUUCGGUUUUUAUCAGGCGAAUUUUGCGGUGUGUGUGUGUGUCUGCGUCUCUCGGUUUUCGCGUGAUCUCUCGUCGAAAAUUCGCGAAUUUUUGACGGUUUUCACCUGAAAAUAGUUGGCUCUCUGCGUCUCUAACCUUGUGAUUUUCUCUAAUUCUAGCCAGCUCUCUAAAGGCACUCGUCGUCUGCACUCUAUUCCAUGCUUUUUGAGAUUUUCUCUGCGUCUCUACCUCAAGUAUCUAACUGUCUGCAUCCUUCCUCUCACUUCUCAAAUUUCUCUGCGUCUCUACCUCUCUCUAAUUCUAGCUUCUAUAGCCUUGUUUUUCUCUGCGUCUCUAACCGGUUCCUCGUCAUUUUUUCUAGUUUCUCUGCGUCUCUCGCACCCUCUCCGUCUCUACCUCUCUAAUUCUAGCCUCUCUCAAAUGUCAAACACAUUGGGUGGCGUGGCCGUCGUCCCAUCCGAAUGUUGUCAUUUCGCCACGCCGACAACAUCGGCGGCCGUGGCCGAGAUUUCGCCGGCCGGCUAUUCGGCCACCUCGAAGUCCGGAGUCAAUUCGAAAGCUCUCAGCGAGUAUUUUAUGGAAAUGAUGGUAAAUUUGUGAAUUUCAUUGAAAAUGGGGCUAAAAUUGCCUUAAAAUUGACCUUAAAUUAGGGUUUUUGAUUAAAAUAAACCUAAACUUGGUCUAAAUGACCUAAAUUUAAUUUUUGUUGCAGCGCGUCCAAAUCCAAAAUGAUCACACAAACAUCUCACCAACCUUCUCACUCGAAACUCCCAAUCCAAAAAUGAUCUACUGCGGCGGACCGUUGGAUCUUCCCACCACCGCCGAAUUAAUGCAACGAUGUUUGACGAUGAAUCCGUUCGAAGCCAAAUUCAAAGAGGCCAACGAGAAGAUCAACAAUGGAAUCGGAAUGCCGCCGUCGCAAAACUCGGCGGCUAGUUAUGAGGCGAUGGAGGCGAAUGGAUUGGUUCCGAUGGCUGGAACGAGUGGAUGUUUACCGACUAGUGCUAGUGGUGAGAGAAAUUGAGCCCUGGGACCAUGAAAAUCAUGUUUUUCAACCCAAAAUUCAUAUUCCACGUGGAUUUUUGACCCCGGAAACCUCUAAAAAGCCCGAAAAUCCCGAUUUUUCGCUCAAAAAUAGCAUGUGCGCUCCACUGCACUUUUGCCGUUUUUUGAUGAAAUUCAAAUUUUUAGUUACGGAAAAAUCAUGUUUUUCAUCGUUUCUCUCGAAUAUUGGCCCAUGGACCUUCAAAAUCUCAAUUUUUAUCCCAAAAUUCAUAUUACACGUGGAUUUUUGACCGUGGGACAUUGAACAUUAUGAUUUUUGGUUCAAAAUGACUCUAGAAGCUCGAAAUGUGCAAUUUUGAGCCCUGGAGCUUGUUUUUGACGAUUUUUGAGCCCCGGGACCUUGAAAAUCAUGUUUUUCAACUCGAAAUUCAUAUUCCACGUGGAUUUUUGACCCCGGGAACCUCUAAAAAGCCCGAAAAUCCCGAUUUUUUGCUCAAAAAUAGCAUGUGCGCUCCACUGCACUUUUGCCGUUUUCUGAUGAAAUUCAAAUUUUUAGUGAGGAAAAAUCAUGUUUUUCAUCCCAAAAAUCAAUUUCCACGUGGAUUUUUGACCCCGGAAACCUCUAAAAACCACGAAAAUCCAAAAUUUCUGCUCAAAAAUGGCAUGUGCGCUCCACUGCACAUUGCGUAUUUUUGGUGGAAAUUUGAAUUUUUAUUUUUUUUUUUGCUUGAAUGAAAGAUGGAUUUUUGGGCUGAAAAUGAUCCAAAAAUCCACGUGGCAAUAGAAAAUUCAAAAAAUCGAUGAUUUUCACGAUUCUUGGAUGAAAAGUGCUGAAAAAUCCAAAUUUUCCAUCCAAAAAUUCAAAAUGUUUUUCAGUCUCCGAUUUUCUGCUCAAAAUCCCUCCACCAACAACAAUCAAUCAACAAUCACCCAACAUUUUUGCCAACAUUCAAAUGUUGUCAGCGGAUGCAACAACUCGUGAGAAUCUCAAAACCGCUGAUAUUUCGAAACUGUUCGGUUCGGCCGUAAAUCCGGGAGACAAUUCUGUACAAGCCCCGCGAACUGCUGAUGUUUUGAAUGCGGUUUUGGAUAUGCACUCGGAUCGUCUCGCCACAAUCAAUUAUCUGAAUAAGCCCGAUUUUUCGGCCCUUUUAAGAUCGCCCGCAAAUUCGGCCCCCAACUCGGCGUCCGUUCUAGGCAUACCAUCGACUUCGGCCUAUCAACAGGUCUCUUCGGCCCAGGCCCAGGCCCAGAAAAGCCCGAAUUUGGGUGGAAUUGGGAAUAGUGGACAGUGGGACGGGAUGAAGAUUGUGAAGAAGGAGGAUUUCUAUGGUGGUGCGAAUAAUCAAGGAGAACUUGAGCUGAAUUUGAUGCACACGGUGAAUGGAGUGGGAGUGUGAGUUUUUGGGCGGAAAAAUGAGCCUAGGCAUGAUUUUUGAGCCAAAAAUUGAGAAAAUUGAGCAAUUUUGAGCCAAGGAGCUGGUUUUUGACGAUUUUCUAUUGUAAAUUAGCCCUGGGGUAUGUUUUUCACCUAAAAAUCGAUAAAAAUGAGCAAUUUUGAGCCAAGGAGAGUGAUUUUAACGUUUUUCGGGCUCUAAAGCUCGAAAAUCACGAUUUUCAACCCAAAAUUCAUUUUCCACGUGGAUUUUUGACCCCGGAAACCUCGAAAAUCCCGAAUUUUCGCUGAAAAAUAGCAUGUGCGCUCCACUGCACUUUUGGCUUGUUUUGUUGAAAAUUCAAAUUUUUAAGUAGGCUGAAAUAGUCGAAAUUGAGCCUAGAACCUUGAAAAUGACAAUUUUCGACCCAAAAUUCACAUUCGCCGUGGAUUUUUGACCCCGGGAUCAUGAAAAUCCCGAAUUUUAACCUUAAAAUGGCAUGUGCGCUCCACUGAACUUUUGGCGUUUUUGUUGAAAAUUCAAAUUUUUAAGUAGGCUGAAAUAGUCGAAAUUGAGCCUAGAACCUUGAAAAUGACAAUUUUCGACCCAAAAUUCACAUUCGCCGUGGAUUUUUGACCCCGGGAUCAUGAAAAUCCCGAAUUUUAACCUUAAAAUGGCAUGUGCGCUCCACUGAACUUUUGGCGUUUUUGUUGAAAAUUCAAAUUUUUAGUUACGGAAAAUAUGAAAAUUUACCGAAAAUGAUCAAAUUUGGGCUCAAAAUGCUCCAAAUUUCCCCCAAAACCCGAAUUUUUUGCAGUCAAUCCACGUCGGAAUCUGACCGUGAAGUGACACCGCUCUCAACUCCCGGUGGAAACGGUUCAAAUCCAGUUGGCCGCCCGCCAAAUUCCAAUGGAACACCGGGAAGAGGACGUGGCAGAGGUCGAAGUACAACAGCCGAUAUGCAACCGGAUGAACGAAGGAAUACAAUAUUGGAGAGAAAUAAGGCGGCUGCUGUUAGAUAUCGAAAAAGGAAGAAGGAGGAACAUGAUGAUAUGAUUGGAAGGGUUCAUGGAUUGGAGACCGAGAAAAAUCAGCUUUUUGUGAGUUUUUUGAGCCAAAAUACGUUAAAAAUGAGCCCGGGACCUUGAAAAUCACGAUUUUCGACCCAAAAUUCACAUUCCACGUGGAUUUUCGACCCCGGAAACCUCUAGGAACUUUGAAAAUCCCGAAUUUUAACCUUAAAAUGGCAAACGCGCCCCACUGCACUUUUCGCAAUUUUUGAGGAAAUUCAAAUUUUUAGUUUUUUUUUACUUAUAUAAUAUGUGCUGAAAUAAUCGAAAAAUGAGCCGAGGACCUUUUUUCGACCUAAAAUUCACAUUCCACGUGGAUUUUUGACCCCGGGACCUUGAAAAUCCCGAAUUUUAACCCUAAAAUGACAAAUGCGCCCCACUGCACUUUUCGCAAUUUUUGAGGAAAUUCAAAUUUUUAGUUACGGAAAUUAUUGAUUUUUGAGCGGGAAACCAUGGAUUUUUAUUGAUUUCUGAAUUUUCAGACGCAAAAUCAAGUUUUGCGGAGAGAAUUGGAUCGAGUGACGGCUUUGUUGCGAGAACGAGAACAACGAUGUGUUUGUCUGAAAGGAAUGCCAUUAAGUAGUGAUGGUGCACCUGGAAUUGAUGUUGUAAGUUUUGGCUGAAAUUUGGCUGAAAAUCUGAAAAUUUUCACUGAAAAUGAGCCCAAAAUCGUUGAAUUUGGAGCAUUUUGAGCCCGGAUUCGCUGAAAAUCCCCAAAAUCUGUAAUUUUCAGCUCGGAAUGUACAAUACUUCGAAUUCCACCGAAAUCCCUCACAAUUCCAGCCAUAAACGUCAAAAAAUGUGAAAAUUCUCGAAUUUUUCGAUUUUUUCUCAUCAAAACAAAAUUUCCAGAAUAUCUCGUGAAAAUAUGUGUAUUUUUCCCAUUUUUUUUUGUAUUUUUCAAAUUUUCAUCAAUUUUUGUGUUGUGAAUUUCAGAAUUUUCAGGAUUUUUUUUGUAAAUCGAAUGUUUUUCGGCCCCCUGUAGAAAUUUGUGUGUAGAUUUUUCAAAACUUCUAUUUUUCCCCCGCCAUUUUUUUGUUUUGUGUACAAUUUUCCCGGUUUCAUUUUUUCAAAAAAUUCAAAAUUUAGGCCUAAAAUUCCACUAGUUUUUCCCUUUUUUACCAUUUUUUGAUCUACUUAUUUUAUUUUUGACCCAAAAUUAAAAUUUAAAAUUUUAUCUAAUUAUUAAUUAAUAAUAUAUAUUUUUAUAUGCACCCCCCAAAUAAAUUAAUUUUUGCACUGAAAAAUGUUUUUGCCACGUCAUAGCUCUUUUUUUUCGGCUGAAAAAUUCAAAAAAAAUUUGAAUUUCAAAUUUUUCGCGCGCGAAUUUUAAAUUUUUUUUUUUGGUUUUUUUUUUUGAAAUUUGAUAUUUUUUGCUUUUCUCGUGAGACUUUCUGCUUUUUUUUGGGAACAAUUUUUAUAUAAUUUUUGAAUAUCGAUUUUCGCUCUGAAAAUUGUCUGAUUCGAAUUUCCGCUGAAAUUUUUUGAACUCAAAAAAUUCUCCCUUCAAAUGUUUUUUCAUCAAAUGAAAGAGGAAAAAAAAUGGUGAAAACAAUUGUUUUUCCAAGCGUGAAAAUUAGAAUUUUCUAAUUUUUUUCUUGGGAAAAUUACGAGAAGCGAAAAAAGAAAGAAUUAAUUAAAUUCCUGUAUUUUUGACGUUUGUGGCCACGUGGCGAAAAAAUUUCAGACACGAUUUUAUAUCGACAAUUCGCCUCACGUUUCCCAGCGUACACCUUAGCUUAGUGGUUAGCACGCGCGCCUACGAAUCUAGCAGGUUCGUUUUGCUCGGGUUCGAUCCCGGGUGCCCGCAUAAUUUUUUUUGUCAAAUUUUAUAUCCUGAAAUUAAAAUUAGAUUAGUCAUGAGCUGAAAAUUGGGCGGAGCCAAUCCUCUUCAAGCUCCGCCCCCUUUUUUGCUCAUUUUUUGCCCAAGAUUAGUGAAAUCCUCAUUUUUUAGUGCGCAAAUUGGAUUUUUCUUCAUUUUUUGCCUAAUCCCAACUAGCAUUUUGAGCUCCGGGUUACUGUAGGUUUUAUUUGAAAAAAAAAAAGAAUUUCAUUAAAAAUAAUUGCGAAUUUCCUGAUUCGAGCGCGCACAAUUUUUUGUUUGAGAAAAAUUGAAAAAAACAUUUUUUUUUUCGAAAUUUUUUUUUUGAAAAAAAAAUGAUGUCAUGGAUUUUGGAGGCCCAAAUUUGAAUUUGAAUUUUGAAACUUUGUUUCGCAUAUCUAAUUCCGUAAAGAAAAAAAAAUAAAUUGUUUUGCGCGCAACCGGGAUCGAACUCGAGCAAAACGAGCCUGCUAGAUUCAUAGGCGCGCGUGCUAACCACUAAGCUACGGGGUACGCUGGGAAACGUGAAGCGAAUUGUCGAUAUAAAAUCACGUCUGAAAUAUAUGCUACGUGGAAAACUUUUCAAAAUUUCUAAUUUUUCGCACAAAAAUUUUGCCACGUUUCAUUUUUCUUCGAACCAAAGAAAAAAAUGAUGUCAGAAUUUUUUAGCGCAAAAAAAUUUUUUUUGUGAGUUAGGCUAAAUUGGCGGAUGCGCCAAGCGCAUCCGCUUAGACAAUUAGCCUAACUCUUUUUUUUCUGUGCUCACAGCGGCUCGAUUUUUAAAAAAAGAUUCUCUGAGUCACUCUCAGGGGUACUGUAGGGUCUUAUUUUAUUUUCAAUUCCACGUGGAUUUUUUUGUUGGCGCGAAAAUUGCGAAUUCAAAAUUGCGAAUUUAAAAAUUCGUAAUUUUCUUAGAAAAUUUUUUUUACUGAUUAAUAAUUUAUUCAAUUUUUUUUGCUGCUCAUUAUUUUUAGUUCCAUUUUCUCCAAAUUUUUUUUGAAAAAUUCAGAAUUUUUUCCACGUGGCAGUCGUGGCUAUAUAAAUUUGGCGCGAAAAUUUUUGAAUUUGAAUUCUCCCACUAAUCUCCUUAAAAAAUUCCCCGGAAAACUCUGAAAUCCGGAUUUUCAGCUGAAAAUUUGAAAAUUUACGUAAUUUCUGGAAUUUUCAUGCCAAAAAUAGAAAAUUUGAAUUUCGAAAAUUUUGGCGGGAAAUUUCAAAAUUCAAAUUUUUCUUCAAAAUUUCAAAUAUUUAAAAUUUUGCGCGAAAUUAUUCAAAUUUUCCAAAAAAAUUUGAAUUUUCGCUUUUGUUUUCAAAUUUUAUUUUUCUCUCUUCUGAAUAAUUCAUUUCUUCAUUUUAUUAAUGGCUUGUUUUCAGGAACUUUUUUUUUUCAUUUUCAAAAAAAAUUGUUUUUUUUGUUGUUUUUUGAGCCAGAAAACAAGCCACGUCACUUUUUUUCCCCGAAAAAAAGUCAAAAAUUAGGGCGUAUUGAAAAAUCAGAAUGUUUGAACUUUUUACUUCCUGGCUCCAAAAUUCUUCAAUUUUCAUCAUUUCUAGCUCAAAAUCCAUCAUUUUUCUUGAAAUUUUCAAAUUUUUGCAGCAUGUUAUCACGAGGGGUUCUACUUUUACUAUUCGGAUUUGUUGGUUUUUUGACGGCGUUCAGCUUUUUCUCCUCUUCUUCUUCUUCUUCUUCAAGCAGAAAUUCGGGAAAUUUGCCAAUCGCGCCAAAAAAUGAGGCGAAAGAGAAACAGGCGAGAAAUGGAAACAAAUCGACCGGAUCGUUGAAAUUGUGCCCGCCAGGUGAGCGAAAUUUGAAUUUUUCAAGAAAUUUUGAAGAAAAUUGGUGGUUUUCUAGAAACUUUGUGAUGAAAUGAGUGCCACGUGGCAUUUUUUGCUCUGAAAAUUUGUUCAUUUUCAGGUUCAAAAAAUAAGCCACGUGGCAUUUUUAAAUGAAUUUCGAGAAUUUUCAAGAAUUUCUUUUUUGCCACGUGGCUAAAUUUAAAUUUUCAAUAAAUUUUUGAAACUUUUCUUAUUUUCAAUUCCAAAAAUCCGAAAUUUCUCAAAAAAAUACCUUUUUUCCAUUUUCCAGGCGGUCAAUCAUUCCUCGACGCAAUGAGUCUGAUUUGCACAAUGCGUCGUCGCAAGCGCAGCAUUUCAAUGGAUUACGGAAACAUUGGCGAUUUAGAAGAAGUGAUGAAGACUUGCUGCUACACUGGUUGCGAUUUCAGUGAUCUCUUCUCGAUUUGUCGUGAUCCAUUCGGAUAA